GCAUGCCUGCAACUCAAAAUAAUUUCCAAUGGCGGGUAUUUCUUAAAUCUAGUGAAUUAUUUUUAUUUUACUGAACUUAUCUCUUAUUUCUUAUACUGGGCAUUUGAAUGUAACGUUUUAUGUACAGUUUUGUGACGAGAGGGCUUCAGAGAGAGCUUCAGAGAGAGCUUUCGAUUUCAGUUGCACGCGACAUUGUUUAAGCAUGCCGCUACCGCCUUGCGUGACUGUCAUAAAUUUAAACUAUGUAUCAAUGGCCUGAGUAUUUACUUUAGGAAACGGCUACUGUAACAGUGUUUGAUUAGUGUUAUGUUGACUUACGGCUAUACAUUAUGAUUAGCUAUGUUGUUUGGUGAUGGGCUGGAGCUACUAUAACAGCAAAACUCGAUAAUUCUUUUUCUCUUAAAUCUUGAUUGUAGUUCAACCCUCAACUAUCGUUGAAGUCAUUUCAGACCUUUUGGCAUGGCGACUCUUAGACUAUCAGUAUUAGGGCUAUUGCUAUCAAUUAUUUAUACCACUGAUGCCUCAAAAUUAAAUAUUCCCAAAGUGUUAUUACCAUUAGCUCGAAGUACUAGAAUUAACUUCACAUUGGAGGCGACUGAAGGCUGCUACAGAUGGUCCUCCACAAGACCAGAAGUGGCCAGUAUCCAGACUCUGAAUGCAGACAGCAGCAGACACUGUUCCCAGAGAGCUGUUGUCCAGGCUCUCUCCACCCAACCAUCCAGACUCACUAGCAUCAUCCUGGCUGAGGAUGUUGUGACAGGGCAGGUGCUGCGCUGUGAUGCCAUAGUGGACAUCAUCAGUGAGAUUCAGAUCGUGUCCACAACCAGAGAGCUUCACCUGGAGGACUCGCCACUUGAACUGAAGAUCAACGCUCUGGACUCGGAGGGCAACACAUUCAGUACUCUUGCAAGUCUGGUGUUUGAUUGGAGCAUAGUGAAAGAUGCUGAUGUGGAAGGAUUCUCUGACUCAUUAAGGGUGCUUAAAUUCUCUGAAUCAACGUACACACCCCCUGGUUACAUCUCUGAAAUGGAGAGAAUUGGAAAACAGGGAGAUAUCAUCUUGGUUUCUGGGCUGAAAACGGGACACUCAAAGCUUAAGGCAAAAAUCCAGGAGUCUCUUUACAAGGAUGUGGGUGCAGCGGAAGUGCGACUGCUGAUUCUGGAGAACAUCCUGCUGAGCCCUGCUCAUGAUGUCUACCUGCUGGCUGGCACCUCCAUCCAGUACAAGGUUCAGAAGAUCAGACAGGGCAAGAUCACAGAGUUGGCGAUGCCCUGUGAGCAGUAUAAGCUCCAGCUCCAGAACAGUGUGACUGCGCCUGAUGGGGACCCUGACCUGCCUGUGGCUAGCCUGGACCAGAGCAGCUCCGCUGUCAGCGGCCUGCAGCAAGGACACAUCCACGUGGUGCUGGACCACAAGAGCCUUCGUAUGCAGGGGGUGUCUCGCUUGCCCAACAGUACGCUCUAUGUUGUGGAACCAGGAUACUUGGGUUUCAAAAUUUAUCCUGGAGAGAGCUGGGUCCUUGAGACAGGGCAUGUGUAUGAGGUCCUUCUGGAAGUGUUUGACAAGUCCAGCAACAAAAUCUACAUAUCGGAUAAUAUGAGGAUAGAUACUGCCUUCCCAGGAGAGUACUUUGAGAUUCUGGAAUCGUCUGUGAAUGGAUCAUACCACCGUGUCAAGACUCUAAAAAAUGGACAAACACUCAUUGAUGCUGCACUCAAAUCUGUGGUGGACCAAAAUGGAGGGGUCCACACAUUCCCUAACCCCGUUUCCAACAAGCAGGAGGUAGAGAUCUACAAUCCCAUAGUGCUCAGUCCCAGCAUUCUAACGUUUCCAUGGCAGCCCAAGGUCGGAGCCUACCAGUACACAAUCAAGGCAUCCGGAGGCAGUGGGAACUUCAGCUGGGCCUCUUCCAACAUGGCCGUUGCCACAGUGACUGUGAAAGGAGUGAUGAAAACCGUCCGUGACAUCGGCGUGAGCGUUGUGAAUGCCCAUGACGUACGCAACCCGCUGCACUAUGGACACAUGAAGGUGUAUGUGGUGGAGCCGGUGGGGAUGGACUUCUCCCCCUGCCCAGUGGAGGCCAGGGUGGGCUUGGUGCUGGAGCUGCCUCUGAGGAUCUUUGGUCUCCUAGCAGAGAGGAGCCAGGGGGAUCAGAUGGAUGGGGAGAGGGUCAUGCUGAGUGACUGCUCCCACUUUGACCUGCAGGUGGUCGAGGAGAACCAGGGAGUGUUCCAGCUGCUGGAGGGGCCCCUGGCUCCAGGGCAGGAGCACUGUAGUGGGGUGAGGGCCAAGGCCCUGGCCCCUGGAUACACCACCCUGACAGUCAGCUACACCCAUGGAAACGUCCACCUCAGUGCCAAGAUCACCAUUGCUGCCUACCUGCCUCUCAUAACUGUUGACCCUGCGUCAGAGGCCCUGGUGACGCUGGCCUCCUCUAAAGACAUGCUCCUUGAGGGAGGCCCAAAGCCCUGGGUCCUAGAACCCUCCAAGUUCUUCCAGAACGUGAAGGCUGAGGAGGAGAACAGUGUGAGCCUGGAGCUGACCGGGCCGUCCUCCCGCAGCUUUGCCCGUCAUGGGGUCCGAGCCACCUGCAGGGCCCUGGGAGAACAGGUCUUGGCAGUGACGGUCGGGAACCAUCCCAGCCUGACCAAUCCCUACCCUGCGACGGAGACGGCGGUGGUCAAGUUUGUGUGUGCCCCUCCCUCUCGCCUCACCCUGGUCCCUGUGUACACCAGUCCCCAGCUUGACCUCACCUGCCCACUGCUGCAGCAGAACAAACAAGUGGUACCUGUCUCCAAUUACCGAAACCCUGUGCUGGACCUAGCUGCCUUUGACCAGCAAGGGAGAAAGUUUGACAACUUCAGCUCUCUGAGCAUGGUUUGGGAGUCCAGCAAAGAAGCCCUGGCCAGUAUUGAAACGACCAUGCCCAUGGAGCUGCAGCAGUUUGAGGACGGGAACAAACAGAAGAAGCUCCACGGGCGUCAGACAGUUCUGGUCCACCAUCAGUCGGGCUCGGCUGCCAUCACAGUGACAGCUGUGGGUUACCAGGUCCCUCACUUGGAGGCUGCUAGGGUCACCAGCCUGUAUGACCCUUUGACCCCGGUGUCGGCCACGCUGGAUCUCCUGCUGGUGGAGGAUGUGACAGUCAGUCCUGAGGCCGUCAGUAUCUACAACCACCCAGACGUGCGGGCGGACCUGUCCCUCAGAGAGGGUUCUGGGUAUUUCUUUGUCAAUGCCAGUGUUGGAGGAAUAGCAGACGUCAUACUCAAACAGAGCCACAGUACUGCCGAGGUGGUUCCAGUCCAGGCAGGAGUCGUCCAGGUUAUGAUUCAUGACCUCUGUCUGGCUUUCCCAGCCCCUGCCAUGGCCACAGUCCAGGUCUCUGAUAUCCUGGAGGUUUAUGUGAGAGUGGUGGACAAGGUGGAGAUUGGCAAAUCAGUGAAAGCUCACGUCAGAGUCCUGAAUGACAACAAGAAGCCCUUCCUGGCCAAAUACUUUCGCUUCAUGAACCUGAAACUCAAGGCAGCGUCUUCCAUAGUCUCUCUGCAAGCGCUAUCUGAGCCUUCGGAGAAAGACACGGCCAUCUUCCUGGUCAAAGGCUUCUCCAUUGGUCAGACCACUGUGUCUGCUGUUUUAGUUGACAAAAAUGGAAGAAAAAUUGCUUCUGCUCCUCAGCAAAUAGAGGUGUUCCCACCUUUCAAACUCCUCCCCAGGAAAAUGACCUUGAUAAUAGGAGCCAUGAUGCAGAUCACUUCUGAGGGUGGUCCCCAGCCUCAGUCCAACAUUCUCUUCUCCAUGGCCAAUGAGGAGAUCGCCUCCGUUAAUGGGAUUGGUCAUGUUAGGGGCAUUGCCAUUGGCAAUGUAACUGUGACUGGACUGGUGCAGGCGAUAGAUGCAGAGACUGGCAAGCUGGUGGUUGUUUCUCAGGAUGAAGUGGAAGUGGAAAUCGUGCAGUUGAGGGGUAUUCGGAUCCGAGCCCCCAUCACAAGAAUGAAGACUGGCACCCAGAUGCCUGUGUAUGUGAUGGGCCUCACUAGCAGCCAGACCCCCUUGUCUUUUGGUAAUGCCAUACCUGGCCUCACCUUCCAUUGGUCCACCACCAAGAGAGACAUCCUGGAGCUCCAAUCACGACAUGCCGAGGCUGGUGUGCAGCUGCAGUCAGAGCAUAACUUUGCCAUGAGCGUGACUGGGAGGAGUAAAGAGGGCCGGACGGGCCUGAAGGUGGUGCUGAGAGCCUCAGAGGCCUCGGCCGGCCAGCUGGAGGGGAACCUCCAGGAGCUCUCUGAUGAGCUCCAGAUUCAGGUUUAUGACAAGCUGCACAUGCUUAAUCCUGAAGUGGAGGCCAAAGAGAUUCUGAUGGCUCCCAACUCUGUGCUCAAACUCCAAACUAACAGAGACGGUGUGGGCGCGCUGUCGUACCGUGUGCUGGAUUGUCCCGACCAGGCUGUCAUCGCCCAGGUGGAUGACAAGGGGCUGCUGUCCUCCAGCUCGCUCACUGGGUCCUCCUCCCUCCUCGUCAACUCACAGGAGACCUUUGGUGUCAAUCAAACCCUCAUCCUCGCUGUCAAGGUGGUUCCUGUGUCAUACCUGCGUUUCAGCACCAGCCCAGCUCUCCACACGCCCUCCAAGGAGACCCUGUCAGCCAUCCCCCUGGGCCUGCUGCUCACCUUCACUGUCCACUUCCAUGCCAACACCGGAGAGCUCCUCCACAGCUCCAACUCCAUACUGACAUACACCACCAACAGAGACGACCUGGUGCAGGUGGGCCGGGGGCCAGGCAACAACACUCUCAAUGUGCGCACGCUCAACGUGGGCCUCACCCUGCUGGCUGUGUGGGACCGGGAGCAGGCGGGCGUGGCCGACUACCUGGCGCUGCCCGUGGAGCAUGUCAUCCACCCUGCAGGCGCCCACGGCCUGGUGGUGGGAGACGUGGUCUGCUUCAGCGCCCACGUCCUCAGCCCAGACGGUAUGCCAGGUACAUGGAGCUCCUCGGCCAAUGGCGUGCUGCAGGUGGACCCUCAAACAGGUGCGGCGGUGGCCCGAAACGCAGGCACUGUUACGGUCUACUAUGAGCUCCCUGGCCAGCUGAGGACAUACAGAGAGGUUGUCGUGGACCCAGCCACCAGGACUGCAGUUCUGGCUCAGGCUGUGCCUGUGAGGAGCGGCAAGGAGACCAGGGUCCUGCUCACCACCAGGGAGAGAGGAACACACCUCAUAGGUUCCUGUUCAUCCGCCCAGACAAACUCUCUUGCUAAGCUCCGCCCAGAGACCUCGGUGAGCUGCCACCUGAGCUUCAGCAGCGACGCCGUCCACUUCUCUGCCCACGACGUCUUCCUCACGCACACCAGCUUCGACCCCAGCGCCGGCCUCUAUGCGUGUUCUAUAACCCUGCAACCAAUGAGUGACCAGCAGACGCGGGUGCUGAGCAUGUCCAUGGCUAACCUGCUGGUGAGGGCCGGGGUGGAGGACAGUGGCUUCUCUGGGGAGCAGGUCAGUGCCAGGCUGCCCAUCGAACCGGGCCUCUACUCUGACCAGACAGAGCUGCUCCUCACUAACGUGCACCCCUCAGCCGAGCUCACCGUCUUUGGCCCCAGCGCUGUCCUGGCCAACCUGAAGGUGACGUCCGGUUCUCCGUCCAUCGCCGUCCAGGAGAAGGAGGUGUCCCAGGACUUCCCCAGUCAUAUCAAAUACAGCGUCCAGGCAGUGGGGUCCCAGGCCGCAGUCUCCACCUCCAUCUCAGUCAGCAGUCCCUCCUCUGGACAGACCCUCCUCGUCCCUGUCACCCUCGCCCAUGUGGCUGACCCCAGCACUGCCAGUCAAGCUGUGGAUCCAGGUGUAAGCAUGGAGGGCACCCACUUCCUGCAGAACUUCAUCGACUCCUACCAGAUGAUGUUCUUCACUCUGUUCACCUUGCUGGCUGCCACGGCCAUCAUCAUUAUUGUGUGCCACGCAGCCUUCUCACCCACAGACCAUGCACACCACCCAGCCUUCAUUCAGAGAACGCCACCCCCCUCAGGUUUCCCCUCUCCAGUUUCCAAUUCAUUCAACCACAAGAUGACCCCAGACCCAAAGAGUAGUCCCAAACUACGCCUCUUCUCCCCAGACUACAACUCCAGAUAGAGCAUAUGAUCUUACCCCCUGGCUUUGAGCCACAGUCAGCACUCCAGGAUAAGUGCCUAACUUAGAGGAGAAUGUCUGAAGAAUUUACUUGUGAAUUCAGUCCAACAUCAUGUUCAAUGAUUAUUUCAAAUGCACUGCAGUUAGUUUGAGUGUUAGAGCGUGAGGCUUUGAGAGGGCCAGUUUGUUGUUUUGUGUGUUCAGUGUGAGUGGGAAGCUUCUGACAAGGUGAAUUUUACUACUGUGGUUUCAAUAUUAGCUUUUAUACAUUAUUGAGUGGCCUCCAUGUGUUUUGAGAGACCAGUUUGUUCUUGUUACCUAAUUUAUAUUUGCGUAUAGAAUGGUUGCUUUGCACAUUGUAUAGGUUGGCUUAAAUAUGAGUGAAAAUUUGUAUUGUUAAUCAGAAAUGGAAUUGCUAUAAAACUCAGGAAUUUAACAAACCACUUCUCCUGUAUGGCUUUCAGCAAUAUGUUUAUUUUGAUCAGGUUAAUAUCAUUUUUGGUUAAAGAAAGAUGUAGCAUAUUGACUGUGAGACAAGUAUCACCACUGAAUUAAUCCGUCCUUUGAUUUAUUCCGUCCUCCAAAAUAUGUGCAUAUGUUCAGGUAAAUGGUUCGUCCAUUGACUUUGGUGGCAUUCCAAUGUAUUUACUUGUAAAUGACUCUAAUGAGUUUUGGGACAUGUAGCUUUUCUCAAACACACGUGUGAAAUUGUUUGAGAAUGUGAAUCAACUCGUUAAGUUAAAGUUCAAUCUGAACAGGCAUUGUAAUUGUGAUCUACAGUAUGUAUCUGAGGUGGGCUGUAUGUUCAUUUCUGCUAUACUGGGAGAGAGAGUGGAGCAAAAUUGGAAGAGUAUUGCUAUUGAGGCCAAGUCUGCAACAUUGCUUAACAUUUUAUAUCUGGAAAAGACAGCUUUUGGCAUUGAAUGAUAUUUAUGUUUGUUAAAUUCAGUUUUACUGGUGCAGACGGAGUAUAUUAUUCCUCAAUCACCAAAAAGUUUCAAUGCGAGUGUCAGUGUAUUGUCAUCCUCUUGCCUUACUCUCAUAUGUGAACAUAUGUCACUAUUGGUACAGGACAUGUGAAUACUAGAAUUCCCUGAAGGUACUGGUCAGUUUCAUUGAUUGCUUUUGUCUUUGCUUGAAUAAUAAACGUUUUACUUUUUUC